ACUGCUGCCGGACCUCCGUCGCAGAACUUCGCCCUACGAGAUGCGACGCGCCAAGUCUAUAAAGGCCACUGGCGCACACAAAAGAAACAGUCUGCCUCCGGUCACCGUCGAUGAUGUAUAUUUAACUCAAAACAUCAACGCGGGACGCAUUUUCUUAUCAUUCCAGAUGUUUAGCGAAAUGAACGAAUAGUGUACAGUUUAGCAUUUGAAUAUCCCUUCGUUUCGCUGGCGCAUGCGUAUUACACGCCUUUCUGUGAUUGGUCGUGAACAGGGACUUCCGAAAGCAAUAUGAGUGGAACAAACAGUGUCAGUCGGUCGGCGUGCAACAGCAAAGGCAGUAUGAUCGUCGUGUCAAACAGAUUGCCAUUUAUCUUGAAGAGAAAUGAGAAAACCGGUGAAUUGGAAAGGAAAGCCAGUGCGGGUGGCCUGGUGACUGCGGUGGCCCCGGUGGUUAUCCGCUGCAGCGGACUAUGGGUGGGCUGGCCUGGCAUCCAUCUAGAGGAUCCCAACGAAAAGAUCCCCGAGUCGGAUCCCAAUGACAAGACUCCUACCGCUGGAUUGCUUUCAAAAAAGAUCGUACCCAUCCACGCGGAGCCGAAGCUCUUUGACAGCUACUACAAUGGGUGCUGCAACGGCACCUUCUGGCCCUUGUUCCAUUCCAUGCCAGACCGCGCCACCUUCAUUGCAGACCACUGGAAAGCUUACAUCAAGUGCAAUGAAGAAUUCGCCGAGAAGACCAUUCAUGCGCUGCGGCUGCUGAAGCAGAGCAAUGAGAGGAACGGUUCUCCGCCCAUUGUGUGGGUUCAUGACUACCAUCUCAUGUUGGCUGCUAAUUGGAUCAGACAGCUAGCUGAAGAAAAUGAUCUCCCCUGCAAGUUAGCAUUUUUCUUACACAUACCUUUCCCUCCAUGGGAUAUUUUCAGGCUGUUUCCGUGGUCUGAUGAAGUUUUACAGGGAAUUUUGGGUUGCGAUAUGGUGGGAUUCCAUAUAACAGACUACUGUUUAAAUUUCAUAGACUGUUGCCAAAGGAAUUUGGGUUGUCGUGUAGACAGAAAAAAUCUGCUAGUCGAAUUGGGAGGCCGUACCAUUUGCAUUCGCCCCCUACCCAUUGGCGUGCCAUUCGACAGAUUCGUUCAGUUGGCACAAAAUGCAAAACCAGUGCUCUCUACAAGCCAAAAAGUGAUAUUAGGAGUCGAUAGACUGGAUUAUACCAAAGGAUUAGUGCACAGACUCAAAGCCUUUGAAAGGUUACUAGAGAAGCAUCCCGAACACAUCGAAAAGGUGGUUUUGCUCCAAAUCUCAGUUCCUUCAAGGACUGACGUAAAGGAAUAUCAAGAUUUAAAAGAAGAAAUGGAUCAAUUAGUUGGAAGAAUCAACGGCAGAUUUACCACGCCUAACUGGUCCCCUAUUAGAUAUAUUUACGGCUGCGUCGGUCAAGAGGAGCUUGCGGCCUUCUACCGCGACGCCGCGGUCGCCCUCGUAACCCCCCUGCGCGACGGCAUGAACCUGGUGGCCAAGGAGUUCGUGGCCUGCCAGAUCAAGAAGCCCCCAGGAGUGCUGAUCGUGUCGCCGUUCGCUGGCGCCGGGGAGAUGAUGCACGAGGCGCUGAUCUGCAAUCCUUACGAGCUGGAUGACGCCGCCGAGGUCAUUCACAGAGCGUUACUAAUGGACGAGGAUGAGCGUACAGUCCGCAUGAACCACCUGCGGCAUCGCGAACAGCUAAACGAUGUCGACAACUGGAUGAAGAACUUCCUGAAAGCCAUGGACUCGCUCGAGGAUGAAACUGAUGACAUCGGAGCUACCUCCAUGCAACCGCUCUCCAUUGACGACUUCGACGAAUACCUCUCCAAAUACAUCGGCUACACUCAAAAACUUGCCCUUCUCCUGGAUUACGAUGGCACACUGGCGCCUAUCGCGCCGCAUCCAGACCUGGCGACCCUUCCGUUAGAAACAAAACACGUGCUGCAGAGACUGUCUAACAUGUCCGACGUCUACAUCGCCAUCGUCUCCGGCAGAAACGUGGAAAACGUUAAAAAUAUGGUGGGCAUCGAAGGCAUCACGUACGCGGGUAACCACGGGUUGGAGAUCCUGCACCCCGACGGCAGCAAGUUCGUUCACCCCAUGCCCACGGAGAUGCAAGGCAAGGUCGUCGACCUGCUCAAGUCGCUACAGGAACAGGUGUGCAAAGACGGCGCAUGGGUAGAGAACAAGGGUGCUCUGCUGACGUUCCACUUCCGCGAGACGCCGGUGAGCAAGCGCGCGGCGCUGGCGGAGCGCGCUCGGGCGCUCAUCACGGCGGCCGGCUUCAACGCGCACGACGCGCACUGCGCCAUCGAGGCCAAGCCGCCCGUGCCUUGGAACAAGGGCCGUGCGUCCAUCUACAUCCUGAGGACGGCGUUCGGGCUCGACUGGAGCGAACGCAUCCGUAUCAUCUACGCGGGUGACGACAACACCGAUGAAGACGCUAUGCUGGCCCUCAAAGGUAUGGCAGCCACAUUCCGCAUCGCGUCCUCGCACAUCACCAAGACCUCGGCGGAGCGGCGGCUGUCGUCGCCCGACUCGGUGCUGGCGAUGCUGAAGUGGGUGGAGCGGCACUUCUCCCGGCGCAAGCCGCGCGCCAACUCGCUCACCUACAAGAACGCCAGGAAGGCCCGAGACUCCUUCCACAUGCACAUGACCUACCAGAUCCCGCCCAAGACCUCGCCCAAGCCUUCCCCGCCGCACAGCCCGGACAAAAACUCCAGCGGCACGGAUUCUAGCUAAUUAUUGACAGUUUAGUUAUACAUAGUUGACGUUCUCUGGCAAAACACUAUUGUCCCUUUGAAAACUAACAGCUGACAGGCAGCUUUUGCUUUAGAAAGUUACUUUAUACAAUAGUCUGUAACCUUUUGACCACCAAUAACUUUGUCGUGCAAUAUGUUUAGUUCCACUGUUACAACAAAUACUUUUGCAAAUAUCAGUUUUUAUUUUGACAAAAGUUUAGCGGUUAACAUAAUGUUGCAGUAAAAUGUCACUGGUUUAAGAUUGUUGCUGUUAAAAUGGAACAUUUUAUGUUUAAAAUUAAUUUGUCGAUUGGUGAUCAAAAGGUUAAAUUUGUAUUUUUAAAUACUGGCCCGUUUCUGCACUAAGCAUUUUAACUUUGUUGUGUAGAUGUAGAGAUUGAUUUAUUUAAUGAUUCAAAUAUGUAAAAAAUGUUUACCAGUAUUUAAGUAUAAUUAUUGUUGUUCAGUUAAGUUCAGUCAAUUUUUUUUAAAUAAUAUAAUGACUAUUUACGUGUCACAAACUUUUUAAUAUAAAAUAUAUUAUAAUAUGAAAAAAAAAAUAUAACUAAUCCAUAUCUAUACCGUGCUUAAUUGCGUCUUACUACAAGUUCGUCGUAAUUUUCGCAUAAUAUUUCUAUAUGUGAUAGGAUAGUGAUAAAUAGGUUUAGGAAAAACAUUGUAGUAAAAAAAAAUUGCUGCAAUAAAAUGGUUUAACCUAUUUACCCACUGCACAAUUGUAGCCUUAAAUUUAUGGCUAAAUUUAUUUUGUCUAUAAAGUUGAUAUAUGGUAGAGUAGGUAUUUAUUGAGCCUGGUAUUCAUGUAAUGUGUAAAUGUCCUAAAAUAAGAAAUUCACAUAUAAUGACAAAGAUAUACAAUAUAAUUGAUUUUAUCAACAAAUAUUUACGCACUUGAAGGGUUCCUAAUAGAGCAUGCAAUACAAGCAACAAUGUGUACAUAGUGUUAUAUGUACCUACUAUGUGUCAUCCUAUUGUAUGUUGUGACGAAAGUAGUCUAGUUAGCAGAUAGCACCUACCUGAACCAGGCUUCGGCAAACCUCAUUCAAAGAACUGAAAAUCUCGAAUUCCAUUUACCUAUGUAUUUUUAGAACCAUUUUAAUGUUUUACAGGAUUUAAAUAAAAACUAAAUUU